CGCCCGGUGGCCAGGACCGACCCCGCCUUGUCUGCCCUCCCCCCCUGCGGUGCUGUGCGGUGCGCUGCGCGGGGCGGCGCGGCCCGGCUCUCCACCCAUGGUGGAGGCGAUAGUGGAGUUUGACUAUAAGGCUCAACACGAGGAUGAGCUGACAAUCAGCGUGGGUGAUAUCAUCACCAACAUCAGGAAGGAGGAUGGAGGCUGGUGGGAAGGACAGGUCAAAGGCAGAAGAGGUUUGUUCCCUGACAACUUUGUAAGAGAGAUAAGGAAGGAGGUGAAGAAAGAGAACCUCUCCAGCAAGCCAACCGAGAAGACGAUGCACGACGCAGCCAAUGGAAGCUCUUUGUUGUCUUCUGACACCAUCAUUAGAAGCAAGAGAGGAGAACGAAGCCGCCGGCGGAGGUGCCAGGUGGCCUUUAGCUAUCUGCCUCAGAAUGACGACGAGCUGGAAUUGAAAGUCGGGGAUAUCAUAGAGGUGGUUGGAGAAGUGGAGGAAGGAUGGUGGGAAGGUGUCCUGAACGGGAAGACUGGAAUGUUUCCUUCCAACUUCAUAAAGGAACUCUCUGGAGAGUCUGACGAUCUUGGGAUCACCCAGGAGGAGCAACUCAUAAAGCCAAGAAAGACUGCCUUUGAAGGGACAAUUCUGUACAGGAUGGCACCCGCAAAGAUUGACAGCUACAGACGCUAUAACAGCCUGAGGGAAACCACGGGUUCGGAGAGUGACGGCGGGGAUUCGAGCAGCACCAAAUCGGAAGGCGCCAACGGAAUGGUCACGACCGAAAUCCAACCGAAAAAGAUCAGGGGGGUCGGAUUUGGCGACAUUUUCAAAGACAAACCAAUAAAGCUGAGGCCGAGGUCGAUAGAAGUAGAAAAUGAAUUCCUGCCAGUGGAGAAGACCGUCGGGAAGAAGUUACCUCCAGCAACAGCAACUCAGGAGCCGACCAAGAUAGAAAUGGACAGCAGAACAAAGGCCAAGGAUUAUUGCAAAGUAAUCUUUCCAUACGAAGCACAGAACGACGAUGAAUUGACAAUCAAAGAAGGUGACAUCGUGACCCUUGUUAAUAAGGACUGCAUCGAUGUAGGCUGGUGGGAAGGGGAGCUGAACGGCAGGCGAGGAGUGUUUCCAGACAACUUUGUCAAGCUCCUGCCCUCGGACUUUGAGAAGGAAGGGAACAGACCUAAGAAGCCUCCUCCUCCGUCGGCUCCUGUCAUCAAACAAGGCGCAGGCACAACUGAGAAAAAACAUGAAAUUAAGAAGACACCCCCUGAAAGACCAGAAUAUCUUCCAAACAGAACAGAAGAAAAAGAAAGACCAGAGAGAGAGCCAAAACUGGUGGACUUGCAGAAGCCGUCCGUUCCUGCCAUACCUCCAAAGAAACCUCGGCCCCCCAAGACCAACUCCAUGAGUAGACCAGGAGCUCUUCCCCCAAGAAGGCCGGAAAGACCAGUCGUGCCUCUGACACACAACAGGAGUGACAGUCCCAAAAUUGAGUUGGGGAUUACACUGGCCAGUCCCCCCGACAAGGACCUCCCGGAAAGAAGCAAUGACAUCGACCUAGAAGGUUUUGACUCCGUGGUGUCAUCCGCUGAGAAACUCAGCCACCCAACCACCACCAGACCCAAAGCCACUGGCCGAAGACCCCCAUCUCAGUCCCUCACAUCUUCUUCCCUUUCGAGUCCUGAUCUCUUUGACUCUCCAAGUCCCGAAGAAGAGAGAGAAGAGCACAUUUCUCUUGCACACAAAGGAACAGACGUGUCAAAGAAAACAUCAAAGACUGUUACCAUAUCACAAGUGUCGGACAACAAAGCCCCCCUGCCUCCGAAACCGGGAAGCGUGGCCCUGAGCGCAAGCGGCAUGCAAGCCCCACCGGCCCCAGCUCUCCAUUCUGGGCCCACGGGGCCCACGGGCCACAGGUCCAACUCCCCGUUGCUCUUCAGCGCCGAAGGAAAGCCAAAGACUGAGCACUUGAGCCAUGGUCAGUCAGCCAUGGAGGAGCUGAGGACGCAGGUCAAGGAGCUGAGGAGCAUCAUUGAAAUGAUGAAAGACCAGCAAAAAAAAGAGAUAAAACAGUUGUUAUCUGAAUUAGAUGAAGAGAAGAAGAUCCGUCUUAGAUUGCAGAUGGAGGUAAACGAUAUAAAGAAAGCCCUUCAAUCAAAAUGAGCGGUCGGUCGAUGACGGAAGGGUAAACAUCAUUCAUCGUGAGUGAUUCUGAGACUCAAAUUUAUGCCCCAGCCAAAAUAACUCUGUGCCAAAAUGAAUUAAGGUUUGCCUCAACAUUUCUCCGACGGAAGGAUUAGCACAAAUGUUUUUUGACAGCACAACACAAAUUCCACCCCAAAAGAAAAGAGUCCACCCGGGGUGUGGUCUCAUCGUUACGCACUGGUUGUGACUUCCACUGAACGGAUUGUGCUAAAGGCUUCUCUACUUCAAGAUCACAAAUGAAAUGAAAACUCAGGCAGUUUAGUGCAUAGUGGUACUAUUUUGAUGAUAUUUUCCAUAAAUAAAAUGUAUUUCAGAUUA